CACGACCACGAAGUGUUGGACAAUGCUGGAUCCUAUCUACAACGUGCCAUGCCAUUGUUGAAUCGGCGCAACUUUGCCGAAAGAGCAUUUACUGUGGGAAUUGGUGGUCCAGUCGGAUCAGGUAAAACGGCUCUGGUCUUGGCUCUUUGCAGACGUCUACACCCGCGAAUGAAUAUUGCUGUUGUGACGAAUGACAUCUUCACUAAAGAAGACCAAGAGUUCUUGAUUCGUCACAAAGCCUUGCCUGCCGAGCGUAUUUGCGCUGUAGAAACAGGCAGUUGUCCUCACGCGGCCAUUCGGGAAGACAUUUCCCAGAAUCUGCAGAUGCUCGAAGACCUUCAUGCUAAGUUUAGCACGGAGCUCCUCCUGAUCGAAUCUGGUGGCGACAACUUGGCGGCUAAUUACAGUCGGGAAUUGGCAGACUACAUUAUCUACGUUAUCGAUGUUAGUGCUGGCGACAAGAUCCCAAGAAAAGGAGGCCCAGGCAUCACGCAGAGCGAUUUACUCAUCGUGAACAAGACUGACCUGGCAGAGCUCGUGGGUGCAGACUUGGACAUCAUGGCGCGCGACGCCGCCCGCAUGCGUGAAGGUGGUCCAACGAUCUUUGCCCAAGUAAAGCAUGAAAAAGCUAUGGACGAAAUUGUGAGCCUCAUUCUUGGCGCUCACAGCAUGGUACCAAAGGUGUAG